UAUUUUUAGGAGGAUUCUGACUGAGGAGAGUGAGGCCAUUUGGAACAUAAAGGAAGGGAAAUAAUUCCAGGUCACAGCUCCAGGGCAAAGUGAAAGCACUUAGCCUGGGUUUUGUAUCGAAAGAAGAAGAGCACAGUUCUGAAGACCAUUUCCUGCUUGUUGCAGAGUUGGGGAUCUCUCUUGCAACCCUGGAUCAUGGCCUGGCUGCUUCCCAGGGCUUGCUGCCUAAAAGUCUUCUGUCAGCCCUCUAGAGGACCCUUUUCUUCUGGAAUAGCUAAAGCUUGGAGCGGUGGGCCCCUGACUGCAUAUAUGCCGGAAGCUGUAGCAUUCGCUGGAUCAAGGGACCACCCAGGGCUGUACACGGUGUCAGUGGAGCAGGUAGAUGAAUUCUGGGGAGCUCUAGGGAGAAACCGACUCAUGUGGAUUAAUCCUUUUCACUCUGUCAAAGACUGUAAUCUACAGCAGGGCUGGGUGUCCUGGUUCCUGGGAGGACAACUGAAUGUAGCAGUGAAUUGUCUGGAUCGACAUGUCCACACAGCCCCAAACAAAGUGGCCCUGAUCUGGGAGAAAGAUGAGCCUGGGAAAGAAGUCCGGGUUACAUACAGAGAACUGCUUGAGUUGACCGGCCGUCUGGGAAACACCUUGAAACGACAGGGAGUGAAAAGAGGUGACCGAGUCACCAUCUACAUGCCCCCAUGCCCUCUGGCUGUGGCAAGCAUGCUAGCCUGUGCCCGGAUAGGAGCCGUACACACUGUGGUAUUUGCCGGAUUCAGCUCCGAGGCUCUAGCUGACAGGAUCCGGGAUGCGCAGUCAGAGACAGUGAUCACUGUGAACCAGGGGCUGAGGGGAGGCAAGGUUAUUGAGCUGAAGCAGACAGUGGACCAGGCCGUGCGUGUGUGCCCGCUGGUGAAGCGAGUUCUGGUUUCCAUGAGGACUGAGCAGAAGGUUCCCAUGUCAGAGCUGGAUGUGCCACUGGAGGAGGAAAUGAUGAAAGAGGACGUAUGCUGUGAGCCUGCUGUCAUGGAGAGUGAAGACUUGCUGUUCCUUCUCUACACAUCAGGCAGUACUGGCAAACCCAAGGGGCUGGUCCACUCCCAGGCAGGAUACUUGCUCUAUGCUGCCAUCACACACAAGUAUGUGUUUGAUUACCACGAUGGGGACGUCUUUGGCUGCGUGGCAGACAUCGGUUGGAUCACAGGGCACAGUUACGUGGUGUACGGCCCUCUGUGCAAUGGAGGUACCACCGUCCUUUUUGAGAGCACUCCAGUGUACCCCAAUCCUGGGCGUUACUGGGAAACAGUGGAGAGGUUACGAAUUAAUCAGUUCUAUGGAGCACCCACAGCAAUUCGCUUGCUGCUGAGAUAUGGGGACGAGUGGGUAAAGAGAUACGACAGAUCUUCCCUCAAGAUCCUUGGAUCAGUGGGAGAACCCAUCAACACAGAAGCGUGGGAGUGGUACUUCAAUGUGGUUGGCGAUGCACGGUGCCCAGUAGUUGACACAUGGUGGCAAACUGAAACAGGAGGCAUCUGUAUCUCUCCCCGUCCAUCCAGCCCCGGAGAUGAGAUUCUUCCAGGCAUGGCCAUGAGACCAUUCUUUGGGAUCAGCCCUGCCCUCCUGGAUGACAAGGGAAACAUCCUAACACAGAACAAUGUCUCUGGAGCCCUCUGCAUCUCUCAGGCCUGGCCAGGAAUGGCACGGACCAUUUACAAUGACCACAAGAGAUUUCUGGAAACCUACUUGAUGCCUUACCCAGGAUUUUUCUUCACGGGAGAUGGAGCCUAUCGUUCCAGCCAAGGAUAUUACCAGCUGACAGGACGUCUGGAUGAUGUCAUCAACGUUAGCGGGCACAGGCUAGGCACUGCAGAGCUGGAAGAUAUUGUGAAUCAGCACAGAGCGGUGGCAGAGUCAGCAGUGAUCGGUUUCCCUCAUGAGAUCAAAGGAGAAGGAGCGUAUGUGUUCAUUGUGCUGAAGAAGGGGACUGAUGUCUCUCAGGAGAGGCUGAGCAAUGAACUCAAGGAGUUGGUCUCAAAGAAGAUUGCUAAAUACGCAAGCCCUGAAUAUGUUCAGGUCACAAAGCGGCUACCCAAGACCCGUUCAGGUAAGAUUAUGCGCCGUGUCCUGAAGAAGAUUGUAGAGGACAAGGCAGAUGAGCUUGGGGAUCUGACCACCUUAGAUGACCACGAGGCCGUGGAGGAGAUCAUCGAGGGGCACAAGCGCCUCCUGCAGGAGGAGCAGGGCCAGUAACCUGCUCCCCUUUUCUUCACCCCCUCCUGCCCUCAUCUAAUUUGGGACUUAGCCUAGAAAAAGCCAAAUCAACAGGCACCAGUAAUUCAGUUGAGAUCACAACU